AACCGAUUCUUACUCAUACCUCCCAAAACCCCUUGAAGUCCUCACACUGACAGUCGCCGAUCCUAAAACCCCAAAAGCAAUGGCCUCCUUCGCCGCCAGGUCGAUGCUCCGCUCCGCCGCCGCCAGAACCACCCUGGGUUCUCGGGUCGCCUCCGCAGCCCGGCCCAAACCCGCCGCCGCAGCAUUCGGCAUCCCCAAGCAAAGCAAAAAUCCCAUCUCUCACUCCAUUUUCAGGUCGCCUGUGGAGCUGAGCUGCUGCGUGGAGACGUUGCUGCCCUGCCACACAGCCACAGCCUCUGCAUUGCUCACUUCCAUGCUCUCCGUUUCGCAACGCUCUUGCGGUCGGACCCCUGAAGGACAAGACAAGACUAGAUGAGGAUCAAGCAUCAAAUAGGGAGUGAUUUGGAUAUGUUUUUCAACUUUUUAGUGUUUAUUGGUAACUUCUCCAGUAAACUAGAUGACAAGACCCUUAACUUAAAAAUAAUCUGGACAUUCGAGGGGUUGAACUCUAUGUUUGAUAAACAAUACAAUUUUAAGAAUUUGUUUUCUGUAUCGCGUGUAUCAGUUGUUUGUUUUCUGUUAUUUAUUUGGUUGACAUAGUCGUGUUUACAUUCCUGAUAUAUUUAAACUUCUUACUUCUUAGCUACAAGUGAAGUAGUAGACAUUGCCGUGCAGAGGUUUGAACUCAUUUACUAAGUAAAUUUCAAAUGUGUCUAUUGUAGCUGUAAUUCAUUAAUAUAAAUUGAGCUAUUUUCUGUUUAUAUGAAGAAUGACUUUGAAUGGAAUUGCAGAAGGGCAGUCUAUAUGGAAUUCUAGCUGACCAGUGUUGUAGUCUUUGUUAUUCAUGUCAGUGUAAUCAUAUAGAGGUAGUAAUAAUAAUAACAACAAUAGCAAUACUAAUUUGUUGUAUU